ACCAAGAAAAUCUAGCCAAGAGAGCUGCGUAAUCAUACUGCGGCACCUUUUUUUUCUGGCAGCAGCUGCUUGCAGAGGAAGUCUGCCCACUGUGGCUUUCUGCAGUCUCUGGCCCUUUCCUGCAAGACCGGUCACGGCGACCAUCACUGCCCUCUGCACCCCAGCCCAGGCCACCGCUGCCGCAGUCCGGUUCUCAUAGCCUCAGCACUGCCUUCAUCCCGGCAUCAGCCUUCACCGUCGCUCCCGCAGUUCGGCCGCUACAGCUCUUUCCACCUCUGCCCCAGCCACCGCCGCUUCUGAUUUUCCGGUGAGUCUUCCCCUGCAGAGGUCAGGUCUCCUGAUCUUGGCGGUAGCCACCUUAGGCUUGUACGGUCCUUUGAAAAAUGGCCGAGUCAGCCGACCACAAGGAACUUUUAGAAUCCAGUCAAGAAGAGGGUGGUAAUAAGGUAAUGAUGGAGGGACCCGGGAAACAGCCAGAGCGCGGUGAAGAUGCCGCAGCUGGGCCUGGAGAGGAUGGGGAGAGCAGUGAAGAAGCCGCAGCUGGGCCUGGGGAAGAAAGGGAAAAAAGUGAAGAUGCUGCUGUUGGGUCCGGGGAAGGCAGGGGAAAAGGUGAAGAUACUGAUGAAGACUCAGACCCAGACCGUCCAAAAGGACUUUUCGGUUAUCUUUUAGACACAGACUUUGUGGAAAGUCUACCCGUGAAAGUUAAGUACCGUGUGUUAGCCCUCAAAAAGCUUCAAACUAGAGUGGCCAAUCUAGAAUCCAAAUUCCUAAGGGAAUUUCAUGGCAUUGAAAGAAAGUUUGCUGAAAUGUAUCAACCCUUAUUGGAAAAAAGACGUCAGAUUAUCAAUGCAAUCUAUGAACCUACAAAAGAGGAAUGUGGAUAUAAAUCAGACUCUGAGGAUUAUGAUGAUGAAGAGAUGUAUGAGGAAGAGGUGUAUGGUAAUGAGGAAAAUCUUGUACAUGAUGACUACAUGGAUGAGGAUGAUGGUUACGAGGAAGAUUAUUAUGAUUAUGCUGUUGAGGAGGAGGAGGAUGACAACGACGAUGAUGAUGGUUACAUCGAGGCUACUGGAGAAGAGAAUAAAGAAGAGGAUCCUAAAGGAAUUCCUGAUUUUUGGCUGACAGUCUUAAAAAAUGUUGACACACUCACUCCUUUGAUUAAGAAAUAUGAUGAGCCUAUUCUGAAGCUCCUGACAGAUAUUAAAGUAAAGCUUUCAGAUCCUGGUGAGCCUCUCAGUUUCACUCUAGAAUUUCACUUCAAACCCAAUGAAUAUUUCAAAAAUGAGCUUUUGACAAAGACCUAUGUGCUGAAGUCAAGGCUAGCAUAUUAUGAUCCCCAUCCCUAUAGAGGAACCGCAAUUGAGUAUUGCACAGGCUGCGAGAUAGAUUGGAAUGAAGGAAAGGAUGUCACUUUGAAGACCAUCAAGAAGAAGCAGAAACACCGGAUCUGGGGAACAAUCCGAACUGUGACUGAAGAUUUUCCCAAGGAUUCAUUCUUCAAUUUCUUUACUCCUCACAGGAUCAGCUCAAAUGGAGAGGAUGCGAAUGAUGAUUUUUUACUUGGUCACAAUUUACGUACUUACAUAAUCCCAAGAUCAGUAUUGUUUUUCUCAGGUGAUGCACUAGAAUCUCAGCAGGAGGGUGUAGUUAGGGAAGUUAAUGAUGCAAUUUAUGACAAAAUUAUUUAUGAUAAUUGGAUGGCUGCAAUUGAGGAGGUUAAAGCCUGUUGCAAAAAUCUUGAGGCAAUAGUAGAAGACAUUGAUCGCUAAAGCAGAGUGUACAUGGCCAUGAAAUUAACUGCUCUAGAUCUAGUUACUCAAGAUACAAGAAGUUAAUUACAGUCUUGUGUGAAUUUUUCUUGUAGCGUCAAACAUGUGUCUCAAUACUAAUUCAUUUGUGCUUGCAUUUUAGUAAUAGAAUGCUUUUAAGAAAUAUAGACUGUAGUAAAUGAUUUAAGACAUAUUAAUGUAGUGUUGUGUAGUUUAAUCCUUCUGAAGUCCUUUUGUCAUGUAGCUAUUAAUCUGUGGCUAUAAAUAUUAUCAGAACUGGUAAAUGAGAUCAAUAUUUAUUGGGAAAGAAAAUCUUAAUGAACCAACCCAAGGAUUUUGCUGCUGUUGUUUGUUUCUUGUAUUUGUGUUUUCUUAGUCCUUUAGCUGUGAGUUUAAUUUUGUUAUGCCUGCUUCAUUUUGCAGUAAAAAUGCAGUAGAAUUUAAAACUUGAAUGCUUAAGAAGAAUCCUGCACAUGGUUAAGAAUUGCAGGCAAAAUCACGUUUAUUGUUAAUAAAAGCUUGUUCAUAGGCUCUUGUAUUUUAUGUGACCAUGAUAAAUGCUGAAACUUAGUCAUAUGAGGUUAUCAUUUAUCAGUGAAGUGUUAAUCACAGUAUUUUCAUAAGAUUGCCACAUACUGUUCUGUGUCAUUGUGUAAACUGUAAUUACAGUGUAUGAUUUCUCUUUUCCUAUAGUACAUUUAAUCAUUCAAAGUGAUCACUUUACUAUUUUGAAAAGAUUUUUCAUGUUCUUUCACUGCAAAAUAAAAUGAAUAAAAAUUUCAGUGUUUCAUGUUU